GGAGCAGGUUGGACUGGUCUCAAUGAAUGGCUGGAGGGGUGGUUGAUACACAUGAAAGUGGAACAAACUGCAGACAGAUAUCGGCAGGCUUCAGGCAGUGACUUCUUCCUCUCUUGCAGGAAUUGCUUGGUCUAGUGCAUUCCUACCUGGGUAUCCUUGUCUGCAGCAACAUGAAGCUUAUCUGUUUGCUACCUCUCCUGCUUCUGCUUAUGGUAACAAACACGUGGGAGAAAAAACACAAGCGAGACCUCAGUGGGCAAAGGAGCAAGACAAAAAGGAGCCUGGAAGGUACGGAGCACCUCAAACCCCUCAGACGUUCAAAGAGAAGAUGGGUCCUAAGUACCAUUGUGUUGGAAGAGAAUGAACCCGGGCCUUACCCGAAAUUAGCUGGAGACCUCUUUAAUGAUCGGGCAGAAAACAUCUCAAUAAAGUAUCUCAUCAGUGGCCCCGGAGUGGACGAGUUUCCGGAAAUCGGCUUGUUCUCAGUCAAUGAUCUCACUGGCCAAGUGUUUGUUCACCGACCGAUUAAUCGAGAGAAGACUCCUCUGUUUGUGGUGCGCUUUGAUGUUGCGGAUAGGGAAACUGGAUUGAUAGUAGAUAAAUCUCUAAUUUUUAACGUGGAGGUUAAGGAUAAAAAUGACAAUGCACCAGAGUUCGUCAAAAAGGAAUACAACAUCUUCGUACGAGAAUCCUUUAACCUCGAUAACCCACUUGUGCAAGUUAUGGCAGUUGACAAAGACAAAGAGGACACCCCAAAUUCAGACAUGACCUAUUCGGUGGUCUCCCAGUCUCCUACACUUCAGGAUCUAUCAUUUCUUAUUGACCCCAAAAACGGCCUGCUCCGAGGGAAAGGAUGCCUAAGUUACGAGAAAGCCAAGCUGAUUAAGGUAACUGUGCGUGCAAAUGAUAAUGGGGCGGUAAAGUUAUCAUCCACCACUACAGUCAGCAUUCAUAUAGAAGAUGGAAACAACCACCUGCCUGAAAUCCUCAUGUCUGAAUACCAAAUCACAGUCAAAGAAGAUGAAGUAAAGAAUGACAUAUUGCGGAUAAAAGUAAAUGAUAUGGACACCCCAGAAACGCCAGCAUGGAGAGCAAAAUAUAAAAUCUUAGUUGGAAAUGAGAAGGGAAAUUAUAAUCUGAUCACAGACCCAGUGACGAAUGAAGGGAUCCUCAGUAUCCAAAAGCCUCUAGAUUUUGAGGGAACCCCUUUCAAGAAAGUGGUUAUCGCUGUUGAAAAUGAAGAACCCUUUUUUACAUGCCAGAAUUCGAAAGUGAAGAUCAUCUCAUCCCCCGUGCUGAACAACGUCACCGUCAGUAUUCAAGUAUUAGACAAUAACGAUGCUCCCAUCUUCACCCCCCCAAAUCUAGUUCUUAGGGAGAAGGAAGGUUUGAAACCAGGGUCUGUCCUGGGGAAACUCAAUGCAACAGACCCGGAUAAGGUGCCCAACAGGAUCAGGUUCUACAUUGCAAGCGACCCAGCAGGUUGGGUGGCUGUGGAUGAAAAUACUGGAGUGUUAACGACUAAGAAAGAACUCGACAGAGAAUCACCUUAUGUAAAUAAAACCUUAUACACAUGUGUGAUUCAUGCCGUCGAUGAUGGACAACCACCGCAGACAGGCACCUCCACCAUCUCACUCUUUGUGUCAGACAUCAAUGACAACAUACCUCAUCUGCUCUCCCCAUACAUGGAAGCAUGUGAGCAAUCCCAAGCCCCUUCAGUUUCAGGCCCCAGGUCCUUCUCCAUCCAGGCCUCCGACAAGGACUUGGACCCAUACUCCGGGCCUUUUAAAUUUGAACUGGCAGAUAAUUCCCCAAAUAUAAAGGAUAACUGGAAAAUUGGGACAAAGAAACUUGAUGAUUCUGUUGAGCUUUUAAUGCUUCGAAAACUCCAAAAGGGUAACUACUCUGUGCCCUUAAAUAUAUAUGACCGGCAGGGUUCCUCGGAGAAGCAAACCCUCAAUAUCCGCAUUUGCAACUGUCCUGAUGGGCAGACAUGUGAGAAACUACAGCCUGCAGAACAUUACCUGAGCGGGGGAGCCAUCGCAAUUAUGUUUUUGGCUUUGCUGCUCUUUUUGGUUGCCUUCUGCUUCUUGUUUUCUGCUUUCUGUGGGUCCAUAAGAAACAAAGGCCCGAUGCUGAAUGAAGAGGGUAAUCAGACACUCAUCCAAUACAACGAAGAAGGCGGAGGCUCAAUAACGAAGGCAGCCCCAGCCGUCCUCACUAACAAUGGGAACAAUUUGGAUUUUGGCUCCAAGGAUGUGGCUGGACGCACACAAUCGGGACCAGCACUGAGGACACAUUCUGAAUUCUGGCAAAUGGAUGGAGCUGCUGGUUCUGCUGCAAAGCACCCCAUGCAAAACCCAACUUGGAAUAGGGAAGCACUCUCCAGCAUUCGUAACACUCAGGGCAACAUGUGGAAGCAGAGCAUGGGCACCCAAUCACAGGCAGAGUAUAGCAGUAUGAAGACUAGCAGCAAAUAUCUCCAGUCUGGGAGCCUGAAGAACAAGCCAUUGGGAUCCUUCAUAGACAGCGUUGGAGAAAUGGUGAAUCAACGGCUGCAGGGAAUGGCGGAGCCCCCUGAGAUCCCGUCAUACAAGCCUCGUGUUUAUGCCUACGAAGGGGAGCUGGAAAAGAUCGACUCCCUGGGAUCCAUCUCCAUAGCAGAUAGUGAGCUCGACUGGAGGUUUCUGGAUGAUUUGGACCCAAAGUUUACAAAACUGGAAGAGAUUUGCCAACAGCCCCUCUAAUACUUUACUGCUGGGGGGCAAUUCAAAUAGACUUUAUCUGAAAUAAGAAGAUAAUGAGAUAGGCCUAAUUUACUGGACACCUAAGGGGGGAUUACUUGACAUUUUAAAGGAGAACUAUACCCUAAAAAUGAAUAUGUCUAAAAAUGCCAUAUUUUAUAUACUGAACUGAUUGCACCAGCCUAAAUGUUUAGCUUCUCAGUAGCAGCAAUGAUCCAGGACUUCAAACUUGUCAUAGGGGGUCACCAUCUUGGAAAGUGUCUGUGACACUCACAUGCUCAGUGGGCUCUGAGCAGCUGUUGAGAAGCUAAGCUUAGGGCUCGUCACUAAUUAUCCAGCAGAAAAUGAGCUUCCCCUGUAAUAUAAGCUGAUGCUACAGGGCUGAUUAUUAAAUUCUGAUGCUAAUUGCACUGGUUUCUGUGCUGCCAUGUAGUAAUUAUCUGUAUUAAUUACUAAUCAGCCUUAUAUUGUGACAUUUCUAUUCUAUAUGUACUGUAUAUUGUGAGUGGGUCCCUAAGCUCAGUAAGUGACAGCAGCACAGAGCAUGUGCAGUGAAUCAGCAGAGAAGAAGAUGGCGAGCUACUGGGGCAUCUUUGGAGACAUAGAUCUUUACUGCUAAAGGGCUGUGGUUGCCUUGGGCUGGUGCAGAAGCCCAAAUCAUAAUGUACAACAUUUCUAGCUACUUCUUUAGUUAAUCUUUAGCUCUCCUUUAAGUCUGAUCAUGGAGCCUGUGCUUAGGUUGAGGCCAACCCUAAUGUUGAGAGAUUUGAGCUCUCCUGCACUAUAAAAGCAGAAUGUACUGUUUAUAAAAAUGGAAUUGCAUGCCUUAACGUUACCAGGGGCAGCUUACUGCUGUUUCUGGUGUUGUGCCACAAGAGGUUCUCACCAUACCACGUGGCAGAGUUUGCCCUGUGGACCCCAACAUAUAUAUAUAUAUAUAUAUAUAUAUAUAUAUAUAUAUAUAUAUAUAUAUAUAUAUAUAUAUAUAUAUAUACAUAUACACACACAAUAUAUAUGUGUUAAAGGUCUGUACUGAUAUCGUAGGUAAUGUAAAUGUGUAUAUAGUGGGUACAGGUAAUGUGGGAUACAACUGCCUUGGAGGUUCUCAGGAGUUCUGAAGACCAGAAAUGCCCCAGUCUAGAUAAAUUAUAGUAAAAAGCUUUUUUCUUUAGCAGUUACAGUCCAAUCAUAUGCUAAAUCAGGGCAAUAAAUAAACAGAAAUACAGAAAUACAGCCCCAUUGAAAACAGAAGUACCUAAAGGGGUGAGAAGCAGUAGGCUUACAGUGUUGUAUUGUUACCACUAGAGGGUGCUGCUCUGUUGAUGAGGCAAGCAAUGGAAGAGAAGAGUAUGGAAGGACACAUAAUAGAGAAGCAAUGUGUUGAGUCAGUUCCCUUUAGUUCCUUUGCACAUGGGAAAUCGAUUCGGUAUGAGCGGGAGGAUAGGCUAUGAGCAUGUGCUGAUUGAUACUCCUUCAUUCCCAUCCUUUUAUUGGGAUCUGGGAUUGUGGCAGCUAAUCACUUUUCGGGGGGCCUCUUUAGUUCCAGGGUGAGGUGUACUUAUAUGACAUGGGCCUUGGCAGCAACAAUGGAAUAAGACUGAGAAUUCCCAGAAAGCAGGUUUUGUAUUAUACCUUAUACAAACUGUGUUUUCCUUUGUUUUGUUACUUUCAUUGAUUUUGUACAUAAAUACCUUUCAUACAA